GCUGUCACUUCUGCUAGCGGGUGACCGGCUCAGCUUGGAGUUGGAGAGGCCCUUUCACCUCCCCAGCCAUGCCGAGGAUCUGGGUCCUCCUGCCGCUGAUACUUACCUCUAUUGCUGGAUUAACGUCCAAAAGUGUUAAUGCACGAGUAACUGAAAUCAACGCUGGAAAACUGGAAUGGAGGACCAGUGAUGCUCAGGACUUGGAAGGCCUGCAUCCCAGGACCCAAUUCUGCAGCCAGACCUGUCCUCCUGGUGAACGGAAAGCUACCGAGUGCACAAAGGAUGGGCCUGAACCAGAGUGUGUGCCAUGCCAAGAAGGGAAGGAGUACACGGAGAAGAAUCAUUAUUCUUCUAAGUGCAGAAGAUGUAGACUCUGUGAUGAAGGACAUGGCUUAGAAGUGGAAAGGAACUGCAGUCGGACCCGGAAUACCAAGUGCAGAUGUAAAUCAGACUUUUUCUGUAAUUCUUCUACAGAAGAAUUUUGUGAACACUGUGACCCUUGCACCAAGUGUGAGCAUGGAAUUAUUGAGGAUUGUACUCAAACCAGCAACACCAAAUGCAAAAAGAAUGCAUCCAGUUUGCACUUUUGGUGGCUAAUUCUGAUCCCGGUUCUACUUGUUCUACUAGCUGUUUGUGGACUAAUAUAUAGAAAGUUCAGGAAAAGAGAAAAUGGCCACCCUGAAUCUACAACGGCAGAGGAAGAAGUGCCGAUGAAUUUAUCUGAUGUUGACUUGAAUACUUAUAUCCCUACUAUUGCUGAACAAAUGACACUAACUCAAGUUAAGGUCUUUGUUCGGAAGAAUGGUGUCAAUGAAGCCAAAAUAGAUGAGAUCAAGAAUGACUAUCUCCAAGAUACGGCUGAACAGAAAUUGCAACUGUUUCGUCAUUGGUAUCAACUUCAUGGGAAGAAAAAUGCAUAUGCUGUGUUGAUCAAAGGUCUCAAAAAAGCCAAUCUUUAUGCUCUUGCAGAGAAAAUUCAGCAUAUAGUCUUGGCGGACCAUAAAAAUUCAAACUCAGAAAAUGAAACUGAAAGCUUGGUCUAGACUGAAGAACAACUAACUCAGUUCUGAAUAUGUGCAAUGAGAAUUUGAAAAAGCUGUGAUGGGGGAAGGCUGUACAUAUUGCUUGGUUUUUCAUUGGAUGUGUUUUCUUUUUUCAUGUGUUAGAUUUUCAGACUUAGUGUAUUUAUAGAUUUCAGUAUCUCAUGAUUCUGCUUUUGAGAAUGCUUAAAAACUAGUUGGGAAAUAGACAUGGUCAAAAGUAAAUGCAAUGGCACGUUAAGUCCCCAAUAGGAAUGUAUGCAAAGAACAAAAGAUUAGGCUCACCCUCUAAUAUGUAACAGAUGAUUAGGUUGAUAUGAAUAUAAUUAGUAUGUGUUCGUACAAAUGUCUAUCCAGAGGCUGACCUCAUUCCAUGAAUCAAUAGAAGCCACGCCCUUUUGUUGAAAUGUCACAGUCACUCGACAGGUGAUUUUUCCUCCAAGUUACCUCCACAAGUCUAGAGUUUUGACCACAUUUCGAAGCUUUGUUCACAAAUCUGAGUGGUGCUUAUUCAGGGAAAGCAUAUAUAUUUUAAUGCAGAAUUUAAUAACAUUCUACCUCAAAGGUCUGUGCACAGAUUACCUGUAUUUUAUUGUGCACUGUUUCAAUUCACGUAGAAAACAGAGAAUGAGUUCUGAUGCUUGAAUAUUUUAUAUUUGUCAUUUUACUGAAUCAAAAUAAUCUACUUCUUUUCCAGGUACCCAAAGCAUUUCAAGUAGGAGAGUUAUUACUAGAGCCCCGCCACCUCUGUGCUCAUUUUCUCCUUGAUGUUCCUUUAGAUAGCCUGAUAUACCCCCAGACCUGAAAGUAUCACCAAAGAGAUAGUGUUCUGCUAAAAAUAAGACUUCCCUUAGAAAUUCUAGUCUGGUUUGGAGACAUUAACUGCCUUUAUAGAAGGUAGCUCUGUGGCAUGUCAUGAACCCAUAUUUACCACCAAAGGUGAUAAGGUGGAUCCCCCCCGCCCCCCGCCCGCCGCGCAAAAUAUCCGGUAACGCCGGUGUGUUCUUUUUUGCUACAAAUGUCAGCGUGUACAUAGCAAAGGGAAACUCACCCGUAGGUUUUAGGAAUUGCUCUUGUUAUUUCCUUAAUGCUAAAUACUGCUAUUU